AUGAGCGGAGUUUCAACGGCGGCGUAUUUUGCGCGUCGAGCAGCGCAAAAGGAGAGAGUUCGAAUCCUCUAUCGCCGUGCCCUUAAGGAUACUCUGAACUGGGCUGUUCAUCGCCACAUUUUCUACCGCGACGCUUCUGAUCUGCGGGAGAAGUUUAAUGCCAACCAAGAUGUGGAGGAUGUUGAUAGAAUCGAUAAACUGAUUGCUCAUGGUGAAGCUGAAUACGACAAAUGGCGACACCCUGAUCCUUAUAUCGUUCCAUGGGCUCCUGGUGGCUCAAAGUUCUGUAGAAACCCUACUCCACCUGCUGGGAUUGAGAUUGUGUACAACUAUGGCCAAGAAGACAACCCAUAACAUCUAAAUUUUUUCAUACCCAUCAAUAAAAUUGAAGCAUCUUGUGUCUAUGGUUCAGAAGAUAAACUAAAAGGCUUUCAAGGUUGAAACUUUGACGGACCAAUUGUAGUUUUCUAAGAUGUUUCGUUUGAGUAACACAUUAUUGUUUCUACUUGUUUUAUAUUUCUUCCAUCUAAAAGCAGUCUCGGCUGCUCUUUAGCUGCCAAGUAUCAAUCUCAUUAUGAGUCAUGGAUGUUCUGGCUUUUCUAAACCUAUGAGGAAAACAAGAAGUUGUGUGUUUUUUUUUUGUCUACUUUGACCACAUAUCUACCAGCGUUUUAUACCGUUUUAAACCG